AUGCAUAUUGGUGAUUUGAAACGAGCAGUGGAAGAUGUUAUUCUACGACCUGAUGAUAAUCGUCUUAGUGAUAUGGAGGAACGUUCCACGAUAGCUGCUCUCGAUCUAUGCCAGUUAGGACAAGCACAGGGAACUUUACCACGAACUUCAACUUCAAAUGAAAUGCAACGACAACGAACUGCUACAGCACUUACAUCAGCCUCGUAUAGUGGUGACAUGCUUGCCAGUUCAACGGAAAGUACUUGUAGUACUUCGGUAACAACUUCCAGUGGCCGUAUUACAGGUGCUCCACCACUAAGCAUGAGUACAUCUCUUGAUACUAUGGUGCUACGACAGACUCUCUCUUUUCGACCAUCUUUAGGUAUGUCACGUCGUUCAAGUCGGGUCCUUCCACAUUACAGUCACAGCAAGCGAAAACGUUCAAAUUCAGUAUCUUCAUGUAUGAAUAAAGGCUGUUUAACACAGCACGGUGUAGCAAGCACAGCAGGUGUUAGUGCAACGACAACCGGUGGCGCAUCGGCACUUUCGUUACCCCCAACAGCUCGACAUACACCUUUCCGAUUCGGCGAUUUUGACGAACAUUCUUCUACGAGAUCGACAAGUGGUGAUAAUCCUUCUCCGACUCUUUAUACCACGAGUCUUACUGAACCAAUAUUAGGAAUUCGCAUUCAGCAACAGCAUCAGCCAUUGCUAUCUGAAGAAUGGACAAAAAUAUAUAAGGAAAGAAGAAAUGAUCCAAGCCAACAGCAUGCUAGCAUGUUUGAAGAUACUCUGAUAGCAAAUCGGCAAGCGACAAAUAAUUGUACGCCGAAAUUAUUUCCUGUAAGCUCAUUUACUGCAUUUCGUGAAGCACAUAAAGCUUACGAUUCGGAUAAUGAAGAACAGAUGGAAUGUGACUAA